AUGAUGUAGAAGAAACAGAAAUAGUCAAACAGAUAAAUAAAAAUUCAAGAAUUUGUAUUGAUGUAUAAAAAUUUAGACACCAUCAUAAUUGAUUUAGAAACAAUUAUCAGGUUAAAUUUUUGAAGAUGCAAAUCCAAAAAUCAAAAUAAUAGAAUUUUAGAAUUUGGCUGAUUUUUCAUCUUAACCUGUUAGCAGUGUACCAAUUGAUGAACCAUUGUUUGAUCCAAUUCCUCCAAUAAUUCAAUUCACAGAUUAUGAGGUAUAUAUUAUUAAACUUAAAGUUCUUAAGCCGCUAUAAAUAAAAGAAAAGAUAUUUAAGUUACGAAAUAAGGAUAGAGUGGCAAGAAGAGUAAAGAUAUACAAGCCAGAUUCAAGAUUAUUUUAAGUUGUUCCUUAAGGUACAAAUGGAAAAGAUGCUGGUACAGGAACAAAGGUAAUAAUUUUAUAAAUAUUAUAGGUGGCCCCAGGAAUGGAGACUAAUUUUAUAAUUCGUUUUUCUCCAGAAUCAAAAUCAGAUUAUAAUUAUGAUGUAAUUGUUGAAACAGAAAGAGAAAAGUUUAUUGUACCAAUAGUUGCAGUUGGAAAACGAGCAAUGAUAGGUAAAAUAUAAAUUGAAGUUUUAAUAUAGAUUUUCCUGAUUCUCUUGACUUUGGAAAUUGUCCUGUCAAAUACACAACAGAGAAACCUGUGAUUAUUCGUAAUUUAGGAGAAAAGACAACGAAAUGGUUUUUAAAAUUACCACUUGGUUUUGAUGCAGAUAAGAAGGAAGGAGUACUAGAGUAUGGUAAGAAUGAAUAAAUAGUUAUCAAGUAAGAUAGUAAUUUUAUUAUAUUUCAGGUUUUUUCCAACAGAAGCUCGAUCUUAUAAGAAUAAAGCAAUCUUAUAAUAUGAUAAUAUGGAUGCUUAUGUUCCAAUCAUAGGUGUUGCUCAUAAUGGAAAUGUCUAUUUAUCUAAAAGCUAAAUUAAUAUGACUGAAGCAUUUAUUGGAUUAUAAUUACAAUAGACUUUAUAAAUUAUCAAUAAAUCAAAUGUGAAAGUUGAUUUUGAAUGGAGAGCCUUUGCAACUGAGAAAGAAGAAUAAGAAAAAAAAAAUAGAUUAAGAAAUUAAUUAGAAGAAGAAGAAGCAGAAGAAAGAAUGCUUAUUAAAGAAUUAGUUUCAAAUGAAGGUGUUCAUGAAGAAUUAGAAUUAGAUGAAGAUGAAGAUAGUGAAGAAGAAGAAAGAGAUGAAAAGGCAAUCAUUUAAAAAAGAUAAAAGAAGGCUGAAUUACAAUUAGCACGAAAAUAUCGAAAUAUUCGUAAAGCCAUUGAAGAUGAUUUGCUAUUAUUUAUAGAUGAUAUCUUUACAAUUGAACCCACUUAGGGACAGAUUUGGCCAAAUUCUGAGAUGACUGUGACAAUUACAUUUGUACCAAGAAGUGCAUUUUUAUAUCAAACAAUUGCUUAUUGCAAUAUAUCAUGUUCAGAAGAAAGAUUGCCUCUUAAUUUAUAUGGAUAAGGAAUGGGACCUAGAGCAUUUUUAAGUGUUUAUGAAGUAAAUUUAGGAGAUGUGUUUGUAAAUGAGAUACAUAAAACAGAAGUAGUAAUAGAAAAUAGAGGUGAGAUUGAAUGUAAAUUUGAAUUGAUGCCAAAUGAACGUGCAUUUGGAAAGAUGUUUAAAUUUGAUGUUGAAAGAGGAGUAUUAGCUGUAGGUUAAAGAAUGCCAUUUACUAUAACUUUUAAAUCUAGUAUUCCAGGAGAAUUUAAGGAAACAUUUAGAUGGAAAUUAGAAGGAUCAACAGAUUAAUUAACAAUUUUAUUUAUUGGACAUGUUAUUGCACCUACUUUUAAUUUCUAAGAUGAAAAGAUUCAAUUUGGUACUGUUAGUUAUUCAUUUGAAUAAACAAAAACAAUAAGAAUGACAAAUACAUCUACAGUUGCAUUUACAUAUGAAUUAAAAAUACCAGGAGAUGGUAAAUUAGCAGAAAGGGAAUUUGAAAUUGAACCAAGAAGAAAUACUAUUUAACCUAAGAAUUUUGAUAUAAUAAAAGUAACAUUUAUACCAAAAUAAAUAAAAACAUAUGAAUAAGUUAUGGUUGUUGAUAUUGAAGGUGUUGGAUAAGAUAUGUUAUCUAUACCAAUAACUGCAGAUUGUUAAGCACCAAGAGUAGAAUUAAGACCUAGUGAUAGAUUGCAUUUUAAUAAAGUAGAUGAUUAAAAAGUAUUCUUAAGAAAUCCUUGUAGAUCUAGAGUUGAUCUCAUUAAUACUUCUGAAUUACCAGCUAAAUUUGUUGUCUUACCUUAAAAUGAUGAAUAUAAAGUCUUAGCAGAUUAUACAGUUGAACCAUCUAGUGGUAAAAUUAAUGGAAAUUCUACAAUGUCUUUGGAAGUUACAUUAACGACAAAAAAACUAUAGGAUAUAACAUUGCCAUUAUAAAUUAAUAUUGUUGGCACUAAUAAUGGAUAACCUCAUGUUAUUACAAUAAUAGCCUUUUCAGAAGGACCUAAAGUAAAAACAUCAAAGACUGAAUUAGAUUUUGGAAAUGUUGAAGUGUUAAAAGAUUAUUCAUUAAAAUUAACAUUAACAAAUGAUAGUGAUAUUGAAGCUGAUUUUCAUGCUUUUACUAAAAAUAAAAUAUCCAUAUUCAAACCAAUACAAAAACAUGGAAUAAUUAAACCAAAAGAAAGUUGUGAAAUUGAAGUAUUAUGUAGUGCUGAUGAUGCUGUCAAAGUUUCUGAUGUUUUACAUUUUGUAAUUAAAGAAGGUGAUGAUGUUGAGGUAUAAUUGAGAGCUAAAGGAAUUGGAUCUACUAUAUUUUGUAAAGAUGAUUUAUCUUCUGUUAAUAUGGGUGUAAAUUAUACUUAUAGAAAGGUGACUAAAGAAAUAUUUGUGGAAAAUAAGGGGAGGAAAUAGUAAAAAUUAUAAUGGACAUAAAAGAAACCUUAAUAAUAAAAAAAGGAAGAAUAAGAUUAAAAAAAUAAUAAAGCACCACCUCCACCUGAAGAAGAAUCUGUAUUUUCCAUAGCACCAGAUACAAUUGUAUUACCACCAAAACAUGGUAUAAUGUUUUAAUUUAGAGGGUAUUCAUAAAAGAAGGGUAAAAUUUAAGAAAUAUUUAUGUUAAACUCAACUAUUGGAACAGAAAGAAAAGCUAAUUUAUUGUUUGCUACUACAAUUGAAGGUGAUUUCAUAUAACCUACAUUACAAUUUUCAGAAAGAAAAUUAUUUUUUAAAUAUUCAUGGGAAAAAAAUGUACCAUUUAUGCCAAUAUCAAAAAAUUUAGAAAUUACAUGUGCUUGUCCAUUACCAGUUAAUUUUGAUUUAAAAUGUUAAUAACCUUUUACAGUAAAUUAAGAUAAAUUAUAAUUGAAUCCUGGUAAGAGUGCAGUUGUUAGAAUAGAUUUUGAUCCUGGCUUUAAAUCUGAUCGUAAAUCAGGAGAUUUAGAAGGUAAAUUAUAAUUAUCACAUUAUGAACAUCCUCAUAAAGAUCUAAUAGAUUUAAUAGGGUAAGUGUAUUUUCCAAAUUUAAUUUUGGAAACAAAUUUAAUUAAUUUUGGAUCUAUACUAUAUGAUACAACAAAGAAAAUGGUGAUGACAAUGAAAAAUUAAAGUGAAAUGGCAUUAAAUUAUGAAUGGACUUUUGUAAGUGAAGAAUUAUCAUAACCAGGAUAAUAAGGAAACAUUCCAAUAAAUGAAAUAUUUGAUAUCUUACCUUUAAGUGGAUAUAUGGAACCUGGUUCUGAAGAGUAAGUUGAAUUUGUUUAUAAUGCAAUUGGUGGUUAAAGAUUUAAAACAACAGCAGUAUGUCAUGUAGAUGGUGGACCAGAAUAUGAAGUGACUUUAGUUGGAGAUAGUAGUUUAUUAGCAUCAAAGAUUAGUACAACAUUAAUAGAAUUGGGAGAUGUGAGAUUUUGUGAAUGGGUAUCAAGAGAAUUUACAAUAGAAAAUACUGGUAGGGUUACAUUUGAAUUUAAAAUUGAUUUAAAAUAUGUUAAGAAAAAAGGUUUUGUUGAUGUUUAACCAUAAAUUGGUAAAAUAACAGGAGGCGAAAAAUUAAGAAUAACAGUUAGAGUAUCACCAGUUAUACCUGCUGAAUUUAAAGAGAUUAUUUUAGUUUAGAUAGGAUAUUAUGAACCAGAACCUAUAACUAUUAUUGGAAAAGGUGUUUAUCCAUCUAUGGUAGUAUAAUUACCAAGAACUGAAAAUCAAUUAUUUUAAUAAAAAUUUGAUGUUGAAAUUGCUAAGAAAAAAACAGAUUUAGAAAAUUAAAUUAAAAGAGCUUAAUUAUUAGCUAAGACUUCAAAUUAGAAAGUUUAAGUUAAGACUUUAGAAUAAGUAUAGAUGGAGGUUGAAAGAGAUAUUGAUAGAUUUGUAUUUUGUGAAUAAAUAAAAAAGACAGUAUUAGAUAAAUAAGAUGAGAGAACUCAUUCAAGAGAUUAAAAAGAAAAGUUUUAUGAUGGUGUUAUAUUGGCUACUUAUAUAUGUGAUUUUGGAAAUGUUGUAUUAAAUUCUAUCAGAUAAAAGACUAUAACAAUUAAUAAUCCAGGUACUUUACCUGUUGAAUUUGUUUUAGAUGGUAAAUACUUUAAACCAUAUGGUUAUAAUAUAGUACCAGAAAGAGUUUUAAAUUUGCCUACUGGAGCAAGCAUUACUCUAAAUAUUUAGUAUUAAACUAAGAAGAAUAUGGGUUUUGGACCAACUAAAACUGUUGUACCUAUUGAGUUGAAGAAAGGUCCAAAAUUUCAUUUAGAAUUAAUUGCUAAUAUCACGAUUCCUCAGAUUGUAAUUGAAAAUUCAGCAGAUGGAUAAAUAGAUUUUGGAAAAGUACUGAUUGGAUAGAAAAAGAUUAUUUUCUUAAGAUUUGUUAAUGAUAAAGAAAUUGAUUGUGAAUGGUCAUAAUCAACCAGAUAAGAAUUAACAGCUGAUAAAAAGGAAGAACCUAGAUUUGUUUUAAUUCCUAAUAGUGGUAUAAUUAAACCAGGAGAUAAAUAAUUGAUUGAAGCUCAUUUUACUCCAUUAGUUGAGAGAAAUUAUUCAUAAAAAUUCACUUUAAAUAUUAAAGAGAAUGCAACACCGUACAUUUUAAAUCUUAAAGGAACUGGUGCAAGUAUCACUUUAUAAUUUAAUCCUUCAUUAAUUAAUAUUGGACCAAUCUUACCAUAUGAUAAAUUUGCUCAUUCUAUUUUGGAAAUCAAGAAUCCUACUGAAUUUAAUACUGAAUUGUUUUCAUUAGAUUUUGAUACCUAAUAUAUAUAGGAUGAUGAAAUUAUCAACAGUUAUCCUUAAUUGGAACAUUCAGAUUUUAUAUUGAUGCCUGUAAGACAACCUGGAUAAGCUAUUUGGUUAGAUUUUUAAAAAGCAUUUACCAGAUCUAAAAGGAAGGAAUAAAUUUUGAAUAAAUUAUAAGAUCCAAAUGUUGAAAAUAAAGAAUAAUUAUAAAAAGAAUUAGAUGAUAUUGUCAUUCAAGAAACCAUGAUUAAAGUUGAAUAUCCAAAAAAAGUAAGUGAAGAUGUUUUAAAAAAUGUUGUUAUUAUGGGUCCUCCAAAAUGUGGAAAGACUCAUUUAGCAAAUUAUUUGGAAUAGACACAUAGAAGAAAGGUUAUUAAUAUGAAUGAAUUAGUUUAAUGGAAUUAGGAGAAUUAAACUUAAGCUUAUUAAUAAUUAGAAUAAUAUUAAUAAUAGAGAUAAAAUGAAAUUUAAUUUGUUUAAUAAGAAAGAGAGAAAUUAUUAAAAAAAGCAGGAAAGAAAUCUAAGGAUUUAGAAGAUAAAUGGGGACCAAUACCAUUACAUUUAUAUGAGUAUUUGAAUGAAGAGAUUAUUGUAAAUUUAUUGAAAGCAAGAUUAGCUCAUGAAGAUUGUGGUGCUGGUGCAAUAUUUGAUAAUUUAUAAUCAAAAUAUUGGCCUAAUGAAUUAUAUUUAAUGAAAUGUAUAAUGGAAAUAGAUUCUCAUUUAUAAGUUGUAGUAUUGAAAGAAUAAUAUGAUUAAUAUGGUUUUGAAAUUUAGAAAGUGAUAGAAUGGCCAGGAAUGGAGAAAUUGGCAGAAGAAGAUAAACCAAAGAAAGAUGAAAUAAUUGAACCAAUUCCAUCAUCACAUGAUAAAAAUAGUAAAACGAAGAGAGGAAAAGAAUUCUCAUAAAGUGUGAACAACAAGAAAAACUAAAAGCCAUAAGUUUCUUAAUUACCAUUAUAAUAAUAAUAAUAAUCAAGAUAGAAAUCAAGACCAAAAUCAUAACCUAAAUCUUCUGGAAAUCUUGAAGAAUAGAAUUAUUUUGAUGUAUUUUAUCCUGCUACAUUUGAAGAUGAAUUAUAGAAAUAGAAUUUUAAUGAAUUAAUAACUAAAAUAAAAGCAUUAAUGGAAAAUACAUAUCAUGAGAAAAUAGAAGUAGCAACUAAAAUUCAUGAUCCUGUAUUUGAUGAAGGAAAGAAAGAAGAAAAACCAUAGAAACCUGCAAAGAAAGGUGAUAAACCACCAGAACCAGAAGAACCAAAAGUUGAAAUCAUAGAUUAUUCUCAUCUAUAGAAAGGAGAAAGAUUAUUUAAUGAAAUUCCUUUUCAUUACAAUUUACCUUAAUUAUGUCAAACAGGAUUAUAAAUAAUACCAGGUCCGAUAUAUCCAAAUCCUAAUUCUUUACCUAUUCCUGAUCCCAUAUAUCAUUAGAUUGUAAUGAAAAAGAAAGAUAAUAAUUUGAAUUAAUCAAUUCAGAGUAGUAGAAAGAAGACUGAUACAAAAGAUUCUUCUAUUCAUUAAUCAAAUGCUAAUUUAUUGCAAACUCUUAAAUACUUUAAUAUUCUGACUCCAAAAGAUAUGUAUGUAAAAGAUUAUAAAUUAUAAUCUUAAUAAAAGACUGAACAUAUUGAAGAAGAUAAAUUGAAUACUAAUGAAGAGUAGAAUGUUCAUUUAGAAGAUAUUAAUUCACCUAGUAGAGAAUAAAUGUAACAUCCUGAUUAAUUGAAUAAACCAGUCACACCAUCUGUUAAGGCAAGAGCUAAUGUUACUUCAAGAUCAAUUGCUAAUGUUAAUAAAAGAACACAAUAAUAAAAGAAUUUAGAGUCUUCAUCAGCAAAUGAUUAGAAGUAUAAUUUUAAAUUUGAAGAUUUGAUAUCAAAAUAAUAUAGAUGGACUAUACCAGCAGGAAGAACUUUGAUUUUAGUUAUUUAAUUCUUUACUAAACAUACAGGAUCAUUUGAUGGUAGAUUGAAUUUUGAUAAUUUCUUUGCAAUUAAGAAAUCUGCUGCAGAAGUUAAAGGUAUAGCUGAUUAUCCAACUUUAAGUUCAUUACCAAAAUAACUUUUUUGGACUGUUAAAAAAAUGAGACCACUUAAUGCACCAGAUUCUUAUCUAAGUAAAGUAUAUGUAUAAAAUGAAUAAUCUUUUGAUUUUGGACCUUUAUUAAUUGGAAAAUCUGAUAAAAUAGCAAAUCGUGCAAUUAAUAGUUCAACAUUUAGAUUAUCUAAUUCUGGAAAAUUUGAUACAGAAUUAUAAUUUUCGUUAUUAUCAAGUAUCUAAGAAAAUAAAGAAUUUUAAAAAGGAGUUUUCUCAUUAGAUUUAGAUAAUUCAAAAAUACAACUCAAUAGUGUUCCAUUAGAAUUAAGAGUUUGGGUAUUUCCAGAUAAACCAUAGAAAUUUAGAGAUGAAUUAAUUGUUUAAAUUAAAGAUAAUCCUUUACCUCUUAUUAUACCAAUGGUAUGUACAGGAUGUAGACCAACUAUUGAUUUAAUAAAUCCUGAUGUGAAAUUUGAAAGAUUAUUAAUCAAUUAAUCAGAUUCAAGAACAGUUACAAUUAAAAAUACUGGUAUGAUAAAUGCAAAAUGGAAAUUAACUGGUAUUGAAUAAUUAGAAGAGGAGUUUUAAGUGAUUAAUACUUCAGGAGAAUUAGCACCAACAAUCGAAGCUAAAAUUGAAAUUAGAUUUAGAGCAAUUAAAGAAAGGAAAUUAAAUCUUAAAAUUACACUUGAAGUUGAAGAUGUAGAAAAUAUGAAUAUCAAGUAAGAUCCAAAGAUAAUUAAUGUUGAUGCAGAAGCAUUUUAAAUUUAAGUAGACAUCAAAUAUCCAACACCAGAAAAUAUAUUGGAUUUUGGUAGUGUUAAAGUUGGUGAUUUCAAAGAUUAAAUACUAUAAGUUAAGAAUAUAGGAUAAUAUUUGGUUAAAAUCAAAUGUUAAAUUAAAAAAAAACUAUUUCCUUAAUUAUUUUAAUUAGAACCUAUGGAAACUGAAUUGAAUCCAGGAUAACAAAAAGAUAUUUUGAUAAGAUUUUGUGGAGUGAAAGAAAUUAAAAUGAAAACUACAAAUGAUACAACUGAUUUAUUUUUGGAAAUUUUAGAAGGUAAAACAUAAGAAAUUUAUAAACCUGUUCCUAUUAAUGUUUAAUUCAAUAGUGUGUAUUCAAAGUACUCUAUUAAUCCUUUGAAAAAUACUAAUUUUGGUCCAAUAUAAUUUAAUGAAUAAAAAGUUAGACAUCUUGAAAUUAAAAAUGAAGGUUAAUUUGAAUUUAAUUUCACUAUAUUUGAUUAUUCAAAUGAAGAAUUCAGAAAAUAAUUGUUAGAACAAUAGUAAAAAGAGGCUCAAGAAAAGAAAGAAUUAAUGAAAGCAAUGCCAUCUUCAUUGGGGCCUGUAGAUCCAAAGAAAGGACCUAAAAAGGAUGAUAAAAAACAAGAAAAAAAAUAAGGAAAACCAGGAAAGAAUGAUCCUCCACCUGGAUAAUUGAAAAUAGGAUAAUGGACAAUAUUACCAAGUAUUGGUACAAUAGCUCCUGAUUCUUCAUGUACUGUAGAAAUAACAUUUGCAGGAUAGGGAUAAAAAAAUUAUGAAUAAAAAUUGGCUAUAGAUAUUAUCAAUAGAAAUCCAGAAGAUUAACCAAAUGGUAUUGAAUAUGAAGUUUUAAGUGAAAGUUGUAUUCCAGGUAUAAGUACAAUAACAUAUGAAUCAAUUUUCGAAGAGUAAGUAGUUUUGUAAUCGUAAGUAAAUAAUUUAUCAAAUUUAAUAAAUUCGAAUGUAUUUUUUAUAGAAGAGAAAGUAUUUAGUUUUGGAACAUUGGUUCCAUCAAAAGUUCCAGAUGGUGUAGUUGAAAGAUUUAAACUUACAAAUCCUAAUAAGAUUCCAUGUAGUGUAAAAUUGGAUACUAGACGAAGAUAGAAUUAUCCUAAUGAUAAUUUUGCAUUUGAGGUGUUACCAAAGUAAGUAAAAAUAGCUCCUCAUGAGAGUGUUUAUAUAAAGGUGGCUUUUAAACCUACUAUAAUGGCAUAAUAUUUUGGUGUUUUUGAAGCAAUAGUUGAGAAUGGCGAGUAAAGUCCAAAGACUCAUAAAUUAUUAUUUGAUUUGAGAGGAGAAGGAGCAUUACCAACUCUAAAGUUGGAGAAACCUAAAGAUUGGUUAGAUGAAAGAACUCCUGUAGUUAAAUUUGGUAGAGUUAGAUUAGGAAAGACUUUAACAAUGCCAAUAGUAUUAAAAAAUGAUGGUUAGAUUCCUGCUACAGUAAAGUGGGAUUUAGCAGCAGUGAAUGAACAUUUUAGAUUUUUAGAUUAAAAUACAUUUAGUUUAACUCCAAAGACUACUGCAACAUUUAAUAUAGAGUUUACUCCAAAAGAUGUAGGAAUUAAAUAACAUUAUUUUGUAAUGUAAACUUUAUUAAAUCCAUAUGAAAUUACGAAGGUAGCAGUAACCGGAGAAUCAUUUUAGGAAGAUAUUGUAUUUGAAAAUUUAGAUGAUGAAGUUUAAUUUGGUGAUUGUGUAAUAAAUGUUGAAAAAAAGAUUCAGUUUUAUUUAAAAAAUAAUGGAAGUAAUACAAUUCGAUUUUAAUGGAAUACAUAAGGUUGUGAAGAUUUCUCUUUUAUUCCUAGAUAAGGGCAUUUAAAUAGUAAAGAAUCUAAACCUAUAACACUUACUUUUAAAUCAAAUAAGAGUAUAACUCAUAAAUCAUUUGCAUUAUAAUGUGACACAAAAUAGAUCACAAAGAAGAUAGUAUCUGAAUGGGAUGAUAGUAUGGCAACUACUAAAUAUGUUACAUUAACAGAGUAUAAUUGGUUCAUGAAAAGAAGAGAAGAAGAAGAAGCUAGAAGAUUGGCUGAAGAAGCUGCAAAUAAAAAGGGAGCUAAGAAAGCUGAGAAGAAAGCAGUUAAAUAAGAGAUCGUAUAAGCACCAUAACCUGAACCUGGAGAAGAAGCGAAUAUUCCUAUGUCUGAUCCACUUCCUGAACCUGAAUAUUAAGUUAUUGAUAAAAGUGAUAAGAGUAUACCAUUGAAAGUAAAUGCUAUUGCUGAUUUUGCUAAAUAUGAAAUUGAUCAAAGAAGUAUUUAUUUCAGAGAAACACUUAUGUAUACAACUAGAGUUCAUUAAUUGAAAUUGAAAAAUACUUCUUUGAUUGGAAUUAAUUACACUUGUAAAAUAGUAUCAGCUGAAACUGGUGCUAUUGAUCCAGGUUACUUUUAUGUCUUUCCAAAAUUAGGAAAAAUUGCUAGUAAUAGUGAUGAAUUAUUUACAAUCAAAUUUAGUCCAACUGAAGUAGAUGAAACUAAUGAAAGAUUAUUAGUAAUCUCUAUUGAUAAUUUGGAUCCAAAUCAAGAAAAAUUAAUUGUCGAAUUAGAUGGAUAAGCUGAAAGACCUAUUUGUCAUUUUGAAUUACCACCUAGUAAUUAUAGAGAUAAAAAACCAGAUUUAGAAGCUAAAUAUAAUGUUAUUGAAUUUGAAAGUUUGGGUUGUAAAGUUAAAAAUACUAAGAGAUUCUAUGUAGUUAAUCCUACAUCUGUUGGAUACGAAUAUGAGUGGAAACGAAUAGAUGAUGAAAAAAAUCUACAUGCCAAUUACUUUAAGUGUAUAACUAUUAAAGGAAUAGUACUUUCUGGUAAAAAGUCUGAAAUCAUAUUUGAAUAUUCUCCUGAUACUUAAGGAUAACAUGAAAGUUAUUGGGUUUUUGAAAUACCAUCGGAACACAUUAUUCAAUAUUUCCUUGUUACAGGCAGUGUUGUUGAACCUAAUGUGAUUUUUAAUGUUGGCAAAGUCAAUUUUGGACCUUUAUUGGUUUAAGGUAAAAACAAAGAAACUGUGUUACUUAAAAAUUUAGAAGAUGUUCCUCUCACUUUUCAAUUUGAUAGAGAAUCAUUCCAUAAUCCUGAAUUUGGAGAUUCCUUAACUAUCACACCUGUUUAAGGAACUAUUAAACCACUUGGUGAUUAACCUAUUGAAAUUUAAUUUGCACCAAAAGUUGAAAGAGAAUACAAUUAUAACUUGAUGUGUAAUGUAAAAAGAAGACAAAGACCAGUCACUUUAAAUGUCAAAGGUAUUGGUUAUAUUCUACAUAAUAAUGUUUACUUAAAUGGAAUAGCAAUAACCUAAUAAAACACAGUAGUUGAAUUAGGAGAUUUAUAUAUAAAUGAAAAAUCUACUAAAUAAAUUACUGUAGAAAAUCUAGGAGAUUUUAAUUUUGAUUUUUCAAUAAGAAAAUCUGCAUAAAUAACAAAUAUAGUAGUUAUCACUCCAGAAAAUGGUACUGUGAAAAAAAAUGAAAAAUUCAAUAUAGAAAUUAAGUAUUAACCUACUGCUCCUAUGAAAUUAAAUUAAUAAAUAUCACUUUGUAUUUCAAGUGGUCCUACUUAUAAUUUCUAAUUGAUAGGAUCAGCUAAAAAACCAGCAGUUGAAUUCUCUUUCUUAUAAUAUGAUUUUGGACCUUGUUUUGUAUUAAGAUAACCUUUACCAAUUACCAAAAAUCUAGAAUUAAGAAAUAGAGAUGUUUAAGCUAUGGCAAUUGAAGCCUUAUAUGAAAAAAAACCAUAUUUCGGUGUUUCAUUACCUUCAGGUUAGGUGUUAUUACCUAUUCAAAUAGAAACACAUAAAGAUAAAAAGGGAAUAAUAUAAACUAAAGAAUUGAAUGUUUUACAGAUUCCAAUCACAUUUACUCCUAGAGAAUGCAUAAAAUAUGAUGAGAGUGUGAUAUUUGAUAUAAAUGGAUUGUAAAAGAUGGAAGUAAGAUUUACAGGAGAAGGAGUUCCAUUAAAGUUAGAUUUAUUAAAGACUGAAUAUUAAUUUGUUGAUUUUGGUAUUUAUGGAAUAGGAUAAGUUGGAAGUGAAGUAAUAUCUUUAGUAAACAAUUCUUAAAAAAUGAUAACACUAAUUUUUGAAUAAGAUCCAUUGAAGGAAUUAAAAUAAAAAUAUUAUAUUAAAGUAAGACCAAAGAAAGAAUUUGUGAUAAAUCCAAGAGAGAGAAAAGAAAUUACAUUAACUUUUAAACCCUAAUAAAGAUUGCAUUAAUUUAAGACUGAUUUACAUCUUAAAAUAGUAGAGAAUAAUGAAGUUCGUAAAUUAUUAACAAUGUCUGGAGCAUGUCAUGGAAUUGAAUUAAAAUUAAUGGAAGAUACAAUUGGAUUUGGUGGUGUAGUUGUAAAUUCACGUCUCACUAAAACUGUUUAAUUAAGUAAUCUAGGAGAUGUAGCAGCUAAAUUUUAAUGGGAUACAUCUUUUUGUAAAAACUAUUUCACAAUCACUCCAUUAACAGGUACUCUUCCUGCUCAUGAAGACUUACAUUUCUAAAUAACAUUCCAUCCUAAUGCUAUUGAUAAUGAUAUAAGAUUUGAUAAAGUCAAAUGUUUAAUCUAAAAUUCAGAUCCUCUUUAUUUGAAUCUUUUAGGAAAAUGUAUUGAAUAACCAAAAGAAUAAAUUUAAGAAGUACGAUUUGAAACUGUUGUACGAGUUCCCAUUUCUAAAAAAAUCAUCAUUAAAAAUCCAACUCCAAAACCUUGGAAAGUCAAAGCUUCAGUAACUGCCUUGUUACCUUAAUUCAAAGAUUAUUUCGAAGGUAAAGAGUAUUUAGAAGUACCAGCUAAUGCUUAAGCAGAAUAUGAAGUUAUUUACAAACCUUUGACUAUGACCUCAAAUCCAUAAAUAACAAAUUUAUAAGAUUAACAUGAUGGAUCACUCUUUUUCCCAUUGCCAGAUGGUCAAGCCUUACUAUAUAAUUUAUUUGGUAAGAGUCUUCCUCCAUUACCUUAAACUGUUGAUACUACUAUGAAAGCUAAAAAGAAUACUACAUAAGUCUUAUCAGUUAAAAAUUGGCUUAAAUAAAGUCAAAGAUUUGAAGUUACAUGGGCACUUGAACCUGAAGAUCCUUCUAUUAUUCUUAAUGGAGCAAAUACAUUUGAAGUUUCAGCUGAAGGUACCAAAGAUUAUAAACUUACCAUUUAUGGAUUGAAACAAUCCUAAAAUAAAGUUACUGUCUAUUUCAGAAAUGCUGUCACUCAUGAAUUCGUUUUCUAUAAAAUUGUAAUCUAUUUAUUUUAUUAUUUCAUUAGAAUCUGAAUAUUUAACCUCCCGAUUAAUUGGCAAAAAUUGAAUUGAACUCAAUUGUUAGAGAAGUUGCAACCAAAUUAAUUACUAUUGAAAAUCCAAUCAAUUAACCAGUUGAAUUUAAAAAAGAUUAACUUAUUGCAGAAGUUGACAGCAUCUCAUUCAAUCCAUAAUCAUUUGUUAUACCACCAAAAUCUGAAUUUGGUUUAGAAAUUGCAUAUAGACCAUUAAUCGUUUAAGAUAUUUAAUCCAAAAUCACAAUAAAAUCAAUAUAAUUAGGAGAAUUUAUUUAUCCUCUUAAAUUAUAAGGUUUGCAAUAGAAUGUCUCAAGAUCUCUUUAUUUCAAAGCCUCAUUAGGAACUGAAAUGGUCUUACCAUUUAAAUUUAUGAAUUAUACUAAAAAACCAACUACUUAUACGUGUUAUGCAACAAAACUUGGACCAAAUGGCAAACCUUUGGCUAUUAAUAUUGAUCCUAAAGCUAAAGGAGCUCCUACUCAAACAACUGAUUUUAUUUGUGAAUAAGUUUAAUUCUAAGCUCCAUAAUCUGAAUCAUUUGAUGGGGUUGAAUGUUAAAUUAGUGUUAAAUAUGAACCUAGCAGUUUAAAUGAAAGUAGAGGAAUUUUAGUUGUAUAAUCUCCAGAUGGCGGAGGUAUAUAAUUUAAUUAAUAAAAUAGAAUAUCAAUGUUUAUUAAUUGGCUAAGGAAUUACACCAUAACCAAAAGGACCAUAUAAAUUGUCUGGAGCAAAACCACCUGCUAUUGAAUUUAAGAAUCCUUUCUUUGAAGCUCAAGAAUUUACUUUAAGAAUAGAUAAUCCUGCUUUCACAUCAUCAGUUAAAUCACCAAUCAAAAUUGAUGUAUUAAUUUUAAUUGAUUGUUUUAGGGUAAAAAAGUAUUGAGUAUAAAUAUCACUUACAAAGCAGUUCCAAAUAGUAGUAACAACGGUAGAUUAAUAAUAUCUUGUGGGGAUUUACCAUAAUGGGUAUUUUAUCUCCAAGGAGAAUGA